GUGUUCUUCGUAUAAACAGAGCGACUAGUGUUGCGUUAAAGUAUCCUGUGGCCGGCUUUCUGCCUUUAGCGCUUAUCUCUCGCUAAGCUAGUUGUAGCAUAGAAGUGGCAAGCUAACUGGGAUCACAACCUUGUCCUGUCCAGAGUCAUCACCGCCCACACGAGAAUUUGUCCUGCUCUACUGAUGAUCGUGACUUUAUCGGGUUCCUCGUUUCCUUUCUCGACGUCCCUAUUUAAACCGAAGGUCAUUUUUAAUGUGUGAAAGCUCCACGACACGCGGAUCAUGUAACACCCGAGUGUCUCAGCAGUGUUUGUCCUGUGUUGGGUGUCUGUGGCGGGACAUGAACAGCUUGCGACGGUAGCACUGGGCUGUCAGCGAUAUGAUUUCAACAGAGCAGUGUGCUUAAGUGGACUUUCAGCUUUCGUCCGUGUCAAUUAAAAACCUCAGGGUGGUUUUUCAUCACCACAGAGUGCCGUCGUCACCCUGAGCCAUCAGGAUGUUGGAGGGCCUUGCUGCUUGGGUGCUGAACACGUAUCUGGGCAGAUAUGUCAGCAACCUGAACACAGAUCAGCUCUCCAUCGCCCUGCUGAAAGGUGCAGUGGAGCUGGAAAACCUCCCUCUUAGGAAAGAUGCUCUCAGAGAAUUUGAUCUGCCAUUUGAAGUCAAAGCAGGCUUCAUUGGGAAGAUUACACUCCAGAUCCCUUUCUACCGACCCCACAGUGACCCAUGGGUCAUCUCUAUGUCCCAGCUCAACCUGAUCAUUGGUCCAGCCCAACUAGAGGAGUAUGAUGCAGAGAAGGAGAGAGAGGAGGAAAGAGCACGUAAAAAAUAUCUCUUAAAGGCUCUGGAAGAUAAAUUCAAGAGUGAGUGUGAACAGAGAGGAGAAUCUUACUGGUAUUCUGUCACUGCCUCAGUGGUCACCAGGAUUGUGGAAAACAUUGAGCUUCAGAUUCAAGAUGUGCAUCUUAGAUUUGAAGACGACUUCUCCAACCCUGAUAAACCCUUCUCUUUUGGUGUCUGCAUCAACAAAGUUUCUGCUCAGAAUCCCUCCAAAGAAUCCACUCAGAAACUGCUCCGACAAAAGCAGCUGGAGAUCGAAGAUUUCUGUGUGUACUGGGACACAGAGAGUGAAAUGUUGGGAAAGCUGCCUGCAAACCAGAUCCAGGAUGCAAUGACCCAGUGUAUGCAGAGUCGUGAACAUCAGUACAUCUUUGAACCAGUGCGUUCCUCAGUGCUACUAAGGAGAAACACCACCAAGGAGCCUCUGAGGUCCCAUCAUACUCCUCGUAUCGAGGGCCAGGUUCAGCUGGAACCAAUGUCAUUGCGUCUCUCGCAGGUGCAGUACCAACAGGUCAUGGCCUUCCUUAAAGAGCUAGACCGCAGAGAGAGAGAGCUGCUUUACAGAAAGUGGAGACCGAAAGUCCCAGUUUUAGGGAACUGCAGGCAGUGGUGGACAUUUGCAAUCCAGGCCAACCUGUGUGAGAUCAAAGAGCAGCGGCGGCGCAGCAGCUGGAACUUUGCCCUGCAGCGAGCCAGAGACACCCAGACCUACACCAGCCUGUAUUUCAGGCGGCUCAAAGCCGUCCCACUCAGUUCUCAGGAGGAGAGUGAACUGGAGCGAGUUGAAGAAGAGCAGACAAUAGAGGAGUUGCAGAUUCUCAGAGAUAUUGUGCACGACUGGUUUAGAAAGCAGGAAGAGAUUGCAGAGAAUGUUCGAGAGCCCAUCGUUGACCCUCAGCCCAGUUUAGCUAACACAUCUAUCCCUAAGAGUGGCAGCUCAGGAAUGAUACAGUACUUGCAGUCUUGGUUCCCAGGUUGGGGAGGCUGGUAUGGAGAGUCCCAGGACCCAGACAGACCGGAAGAGCUCCUACCAAGUCCAUCUUCCUGGGACAUUCUGGCAGAGACAGAAGACCUGUUUGAUCCACUGGAGGACUCUCAUACACUGAACACCUUCACCAGACGAGACCACCUCUUUGCGCGGCUGGAGUUUCUUCUGGAGAAGGGCAGCGUCACACUUUUCCACCAGGACAGGAGAGCAGAGGUUCUCCAUGAAUCUGGGGUCAUCCAGUUGGAAUUUUCAGGGGUGAACGUAGUGUUGGAGUCUCUUCCACGCUCAGAGUCCUCUCUGCUCUCUGUAAAACUCGGUGGUUUGUUUCUAAGGGACUUGACCACACAGGACACCAUCUUCCCUGUUCUGGUGUCCCCCAAAACGGACAAGGUUGUUGUUACUGUAAAUCAGCCAUCUGGACAGUCAAACAGGCACUCUGCAGAAUGCUCAUCGCCACCCGUAUUUGAGAUGAUCUAUGAGCAGAAUCCGGCACGGUGUCAAUUUGAAAGAAGACUGGAAGUGAAUACAAGUCCACUGAACAUCAUCUACAACCCACAAGCUAUCAAAAAAGUUACUGAGUUUUUUUAUAAAGGAAGAGUGCACACAUCAGGUUUUGGUUACCAGUCAGAAUUGGAACUCAGAGUUGCAGAAGCUGCAAGGAGACAAUACAACAAGCUGAAAAUGCAGACAAAGGCAGAGAUUCGACAAACCAUCGAUCAGCUUCUUGUGGGAGAGUUUAUUGAAAACAGCAAACGUUGGACAAUGAAACUGGACAUCUGUGCGCCUCAGGUGAUUUUUCCUGACGACUUUCAGUCCGGAGACCCAAUGUUAGUUGUUGUUGAUUUGGGAAGGAUUCUCCUUACAAACUCUCAAGAAGACCUCAAGGCUGGCUCCAAACCUCCUGAGUCUGAAAACGAUGAUAUGAGUGAUGACGAGUACCAGACACCUCUAGCUACACCACCAGGCUCUCCGCCACCUGAACCUGAAAUACCUUUCAAAGCACUUAAAAUCCCUGAACUUCCUAACCUGAAAUCUCCCGAAAGGGCAUACAGCAGAAAGCUUUAUGAAAAAUACUCUCUGUCCUUCAAAGAUCUUCAGAUAAUGGUCGGUCGCUAUAAGGACAGUUGGAAACACAUACAGGAGAGCGAGGUUGGCCCCACUCAUGUAGUGGAGAAAUUCAAUGUGCUGCUGCAGCUUGAACAGAGACUGAGAUACACAUCAGAUCCUCAGCUCCCUGGAGCUGUGCUUUCAGGAACCCUACCAGAUCUCAAAGUCCACAUUAACCUUGAGAAGAUGACUGCCCUCAGGAGCUGUUUGGCCAGGUUGAGCAGCCCAGGUUCAAAAGAAGGCGAAAGUCAAGAGAGAGGCACAGAUAUCAGGUCUCCGGAGUCUCUUAAUUUUCGUCAUGACAAGAUUUUUCAGAGAGAGGACAGUUCCUGGAAGCUGAAGGGUUCGGCCAGAAAUCUGACCCAAAGUGUAAUGACCUUGGAGCAGCAUACACGGGAAGUUUUGGUGGAAUCCCGUCUACUGUUGGCUGAAUUCAACAUCAACUACAUGCAGCUUGGUGUAGAGAGUGAUGGCCGUUACAUAUCUGUUCUUAAAGUGUUUGGCACAAAUGCUCAUUUCGUGAAGCGUCCUUAUGAUGCCGAGGUCUCUCUGACAGUCCAUGGGCUCCUGCUAGUGGACACGUUGCAGACGUAUGGCUCAGACUUUGACCUCCUUGUGGCUUCUCAUAAGCAUCUUAGUUUUGACGUUCCCACAGGCAGCCUUAGAGAAAGCCAACCUUCAUCACCUGUAACUCCACCUGACGCUAGGUCCGUUGACAAUCAGUCCCACCACACAGAGUCAUCUAUAGGUAUGCCCACUGACCAAACCUCCCCCUUCAGUUCCCUUUUAAGAAACCACGAGGCCCUGAUUAAGCUAGAGUACCAGUUUGUGAGUUCAGACUGCCCUUCCAUGAACCUGGACAGCUCCCUUCAGGUAACAAGCAUCCAAGUCAACAAUCUGGACAUCAUUCUUAACCCGGAGACAAUGGUGGAACUGCUGAAAUUCCUCCAAAAAUCAUUUCCCAAGGAGGAAACCUCCUGGACUCAAUCCACACAGCAGCAGAACUCAGCCGAAGGUCACAGUGAGGACACGGAUGUGACAUACCAGGCCACGUAUGACCAGAACAAAGAGUUGACAGUGGAGAUCCACCGUCUCAACCUACUUCUGCUCAGAACUGUGUCCACUGGAUCUGCACACGUUGCUGAGAAGAAAGGCCUUAAAAUUGCCACUGCCAGCAUUACAGGCACAAAGGUCAAUGUUUCUAUGGGCAGUCGUUUGGAUGUCAAUGGAUCACUUGGGUCCAUGCAAUUGGUGGACUUGUCCCAGGAAGCAGGCCGAAGCCAGUUUGUGGUCAGCAUUGGCAAUGUUGAAGAGAGCCCCUCAAGUCUUGAUGAAAUAACAUUCCUUGCAGAAGCAGGAGGUUCUCCGUCAGAAGCUUUAUAUUUUCAUUUCAAGGAGAAAACCCAAGGGGAAUGUUCCUUGGAACUACAAAUGGCAUCGCUCCACUAUAACCACAGUGCAAAGUUCUUGAGAGAGCUCAGUCUGUCUGCCAAUGAAGUGGAGGACAAUUUCCGCUCUAUGUUGAAAAGUGCUGCCACCAAGGUGUCAACAGUUCUUGUCACCAAAACGGCAGAGUACAGUGGUAUGGUUUCUCUUUUUGAGACCAAAAGGAAUCGAACUCAAAGUCAGUGCUGGGCUUAUCCAUUUGAGGACGAUGAGGAUGAGGCUAUGGAAGAACCUGAAUCCACACUGGAUAAUUUUUUGGUGAAACUCAACCUUAACAUCAGCAUUGAAUCACCUGUUGUGUCCAUUCCUCGUAAACCUGGACACUCGGAGCUGCUGGUCGGUCAUCUGGGAAGUAUAACAAUCCAAAACUCUAUAACAGGACUGGACUCUGAUGCAGAGAGGUUACAGGUUUUUGUAAAAGAUAUCCGUCUGUACUCAGUCAACAUGAGUCAUUUGGUUUUGAAGCGUCCACCCAGAGGUGACAACACUGGCAGCAGGUCACCAUCCAUCAACGGAAGCAUCAACCAGGAUGAGCCACAGUUCACACGCAAUGACUUCUUUGAAUCUCUUAACCGGGGAAAAGCCUUCCACAUACUGAAAGACACCACCAUCCAAUUUACCAUGGAGAAAGUUCCUGCAGACGAAGACACCCAGUUUAUAUUUCUCACCACAGAGGAUCCCUGCAGGAGCACAGGACUGCUAAGAAUUGAGGGAAGAUUUGUCAACCCUGUACAGGUGUUCCUGUGCAAAUCGGUGUAUGAACAAGUUCUUCAGACUCUAGACAACCUGUCCUUCAUCGGGGAGCAGCGUGUCACCCCCAGCCAACCACCAACACCUCCCCCACCUACUCCCUCUUCCACCAGACCACACCGUUUCCCUGACCCUCAGGGAGGGCUGUUUGCAAGGGACCCCCCAAACUCCAGUUUCUCUCACUCGUCACUGUCUUCCCCUUUGCCUCUGCAGUCUUCCAUGCCGUCUUUUCAAUCUCCCUCCUUCACUCAGAUUAAGGUUACCCUACAUGUGGCAGAACUGCAGGUCCAGCUCAGUGCUGAUUUAACCCAAGGUUCCCAGGGACUAGUCAGUCUUCGCUUUCAAGACCUGGAAGGAGACUUUACCAAAGACCAUCCUCAUUUACUGGCGGUCCAGUUAGCCCUGCGCUCUCUGCUGAUGGAAGACCUCCUGGAACAGAAUCCUGAGUCGAAGUACAAACAUUUGAUGGUUUCCCGUGGAGCACCCAAAGCCUCUACCUUCAGUCCAAAGGAAUACCUUUCCCAAAGUUGUCCGUCAUCAUCCAACGCUCUUUACCCUGACAUGCCUCGGUCACUUCCAGCCCACAUGGAAGAGGCCCAGAAUGUCUUCCAGUUCUACCAGAGGCAUCCCUGCACCACCUCAUCCAGCAGUCACAAGUCCAAGAGAGACCCAGACUGCCCCAGUACUCCACCUCCUUCACCCACUCACAGUACUCCCUACCUUCAGCCCCCUCCAAACUUUGAUGACUCCCUGGUUCAUAUCAAUGUGCUGCUAGUGGAUCAGAAACACCCUGAGUUUAAAACACGCUACGGUGGAGUAGGUCGUAGUGUGGAUGUUGACUUUAACUGCUUAGAUGUUUUGAUUACACUGCAGACCUGGGUCGUUAUCCUGGACUUCUUUGGUAUUGGCUCCACAGCCAACAAUCAUGCAGUGAAGGUCUUCCCCAUGUCACCUCAUCCUCUCCACGAACCAGACCUGAGUGAGGAGGAAGAGGAGGUGAUAGAGGUGGUCAAUACAAAGGUUGACCUAAAGGUUCACGCGUUGUCUCUUGUGCUGAACAAGAAAGUAACGGAACUGGCCAGAGCUAGUGUUUCAAAGUUAUCUGCUCAUCUGGAAAUGUUGGAUGGUGAUCUGGCAUUACAAGGAAGCUUAGGAAGUUUGUCCCUGAGUGAUCUGACGCCACAUGGUGAUCUUUACCGGGAACGUUUCACCACACAGGGAGGGGAAGCCCUGAUCUUCAACGUCCACAAAUACGGCCAGCCAGAUCCAUACAUGGAGCGAGAGUGUGACAUUAAGUUGUCUCUGAAAAUGGCAUCAGUGCAGUAUGUCCACACCCAGCGCUUCCAAGCUGAGGUUGUGGCGUUCAUUCAACACUUUACCCAGCUGCAGGACGUUUUGGGCAGGCAGAGGGCUGCCAUGGAGGGCCAGGCCGUACACGACCAUCCACAGCGAGCAUCCAGGGUGUCCCUUGAUAUCCAGGCUGGUGCCCCAGUUCUUGUUAUCCCAGAGAGCUCACGUUCAACAAGAGUCAUCGUAGCGAACCUCGGACAACUCAGGGUGCACAACUGCUUUCUGCCUGCAGGGUCUUAUGGAACCUUUUCUCUUCGAGACAAGGUAGAGAAACUCACCAUGGCACAUGCCUUUUUUCCAUCACUGAAUGUUAUACUGCAUGGGACGUCAUACAAGGGUCCAUUCUUCUACAAGGAUCGUGUGAAGAGUGCAGCAGAAAACAGUGGUAAGCAGGAGAAGAGCAGAAACGUCUCCUCCUCCUCCACCUCCUCUGCAGGUUUCACACUGGGCAGGCCCCGGGCCCCUGACAAUGGGAAGGUCCCAGAGGAGAAUGGGGUUCCAGAAAACCACAUUUGCCUUCUGGACUGCAUAUCACUGGACCUACAGGAGAUGGACAUCUUUGCAGCAGAGCGCCUGCCCUGUCAACAGCUUGACUGUGACAGUAACCCUUCUGACAGCUCUGACCUCAUCUUCCCCUCGUACUCUGUCCGUCGCACUGGAAAUAACCUGCUUAAAGACCGAUGUCGCCUCAAGCUGAAAUUGGAACGGAACCUCGACAAGGAGAUGAGCCACGCAGUACCAGACAUGUCCAUCCAUGGCAGUCUGUCAUCAGUUCACUGUUGUCUGGACUUGGAACAUUACCGGCUGAUCAGAAGGUUGCUGGAGCAAAACCUGGGCGAGCCUGUGGAAGAAUUCCUGCGACCCUACAACCUGCAGGACCCCAGCACCUAUACGGUGUUAAGUGGAGAUGUCUACACUACCUUUUCCUUCCUGGUGGACAUGAUGGAUGUCAGUCUGGAGAUCUUUAACAGACCAAACCCCACAGAACAGAAACGCUCAUUGGCAAGGUUUGAUUUUAUGAAGUCCAAGUUGCUCUUUGAGAGUUAUUCCAAUGGAUCCAAGUCUGUAAACUUGGUGUCUCACUCCCUGCUGGCACACGACACCCGCUACACUGGACUGAAUAAAAGAUCUGCUGCCGGAGCAAAGCACAAUGUCUACAACUGCAUCCUUCAGCCGUCAAAGACAGGAACUAACAGGGCGACACUGCAGUUGGAGCUUCACUACAGAUCCACACGUGACUCGUCCUGCUUCACAGUUGUCCUCAACAACCUGAGAGUCUUCCUCAUUUUUGACUGGCUCCAGCUGGUUCGGGAUUUCCUUAAAAUGCCGGUCGAAAAAGUACCUGGUUAUAGUCGUCAGCGUUGGCCCAGUAACACCAGCACUGACUCUGCCAACUCCAGUACCAGCACAACAGGGGCUGUCAUGCCAAAAACGGUCAAGAGUGGUGUGGUCACCAAGAGGUCUACUGUGCCAGUUAACCAGGAACACUGUCUGGAGGUCAAGAUAAAUGUCACAGGCACAGAGUUUGUUGUCGUCGAAGACUCAUCAUGUCUGGAUACAAAUGCCAUUAUUCUGAAAGGAACAACUGUUCUCACAUACAAACCACGUCUGCUGGACAGACCCUUCUCUGGCAGCCUUGCUGGAAUAGAGGUGUUUUCUUGUCGACUUGGCAACGAGCAGGAGACGGCACUGUCCAUCAUCGACCCUGUCAAUGUUCAGGUGGAGUUGUGUGGAAGUCCAACGUACCAAAGUAGCUCUGGUUUACUGGAUGCUUUCAAUGUUGAGGACAUCCCACCACUGCUGGAGAUUCAGUUCCCUGUUCUGGAUAUCCGACUGUCCUACAAUGACAUUCAGCUCUUUUUGGCCAUUGCCAAGUCCAUUCCAACUGCAAGCACACCACCAGCAGCACCACCACCACUGAUCUCUGAAGAGACUAGGGACUCUGAAGGUGCAGCCCACACUAGUUCUGUAGAAACAUCGAAAGACAGUAUGAGGAGGAAGACUGAGGCCCGUAUUGAAGGCCAACUCACUCGAUUGCAAGACCUUGGCUUCAGGAAAGAGGACUGCAUAAGAGCUUUGAUCCACUGUAAAGGCCAGCUGGAUCAGGCAGCCACUUGGCUCCUGGAGAACGCAGAGAACAUCUCCGGUCUCUCCAGAUCUAGGUGUGACUCUGAUUCCAGCAGCCACUCUGCUGCUCUGUCUGGGGUGGAGGUGAAAGCUGAGAGCGUCUGCAUCUGUUUCAUUGAUGAUUGUCUGGACUGUGACAUCCCACUGGCUGAGAUCACCUUUUCUAGGCUUUAUGUACUACAGCGCAUCGGCUCAACACAGGAAGGAAACUCCAGCUUUACUCUGUCUGGAGACUAUUACAACAGGGAGCUGUCAGGUUGGGAGCCCUUCAUCGAGCCCUGGCCGUGCUUCCUGUCCUGGCAGCACCAGGCGGCUGGUCGUCUUCAUCCUCCACGACUCAAAAUGGCGGUGCGAGCCAAGCAGAGACUGGACAUUAACAUCACCUCUGUCCUGCUGGAACAAUACAACACCACCAAGAGCUCUUGGAUAGCUGACUACUGUCGUGAGGAAGAACAGAGCCAACAGGUGUCACCUCCACCCUGGAUGGGAUCUUCAGUGGAUCCACCCAGCUUUGUGCAGAAUGUCAAACUGUCCAAACGGAGACAGCCCUUUGUGCCAUACGCCCUGCGAAACCAUACAGGAUGUACAAUGUGGUUUGCUACUCUGACUACGACCCCAACAAGGGUAGCGCUGUCGCACAGCAGUAGCGCCGACUCCAUCUCAGAUAUCCACAGCACAGGAACUGAUGACCCACACAAUGUGAGCCAGUGGAGGGAGGUCUUGCCCGGAGAGGAGAUUCCAUUUGAGUUUGAAGCCCGAGAGAAACUCAGACAUCGACAUACUCACGAGCUGAAACUGCACCAGCUGCUGGUUCGAGUGUGUGGAUGGGAACAAGUCAAGCCGGUGUCUGUAGACAAAGUUGGUGUUUUCUUCCGCUACGCAGCUCCAGAUAGAAACAACUCUUCCAGCACUGUUGGCAGUCCAAUAAGCAGAACUAACAUCAUCCACCCACAUGUUUAUUUUUCUGCCCUGCCUCCAGUCAGGGUGGUCUUCUCUAUCACAAUGGAGGGCAGUGCUAGAAAGGUCAUCACUGUACGCUCUGCCCUCAUGGUAAAGAACCGACUGGAUGUUCCCAUGGAGGUCAGACUUGACAGCCCUUCAGCACCUGACAAACCGGUGGUGCUGCCCCCUAUCAUGCCUGGUGAGGCCUUAGCCGUCCCACUCCACCUGACAUCCUGGAGACUACAGGCUCGGCCCAAAGGCCUUGGUUUAUUCUUCUGUAAGGUUCCCAUCCACUGGACCAGUGUGGAACGGUACGGAGACGUCAACAGCAGUAAGAGGGAGUGCCAAUCAGCGGACUUCAAUGUCAAGCAAAACUUCAGGUUUUGUGUAGUUAUUAAAAAGGAGAACUACCCAGACCAGCAGCCUGCUAAAACAGUCUCUGGCAGUUCAAAGCAGAUCUAUCGACAGCCAGGCCACACCGUCUACCUGCUGCCCACAAUGGUGCUGGCCAACCUGCUGCCAUGUGACAUCAACUACUACAUUAAAGGAACCUCCAUUAAAGGUUCACUUAAGCCUGGGAAAGAAGCUGUGCUUCAUGGUGCCGACACCUCUCAGAACAUGGAGCUAGGAGUGCUGCUGGAAAACUUUGCUGUGUGCAAAGAGCUGCUGAUUCCUCCUGGGACUCAGAACUACGUGGUACGCAUGCGGUUGUAUGACACAAACAAGCGUCUGCUCUGCCUCACUAUUCGCAUUGUGCUGCGAGCACAGGGGGCGCUCAAGAUCCUCAUCUCCGCUCCAUACUGGCUCAUCAACAAGACUGGCCUCCCAUUAAUUUUCCGUCAGGACAAUGGCAAAGCCGAUGCUGCAGGUCAGUUUGAGGAGCAUGAGUUGGCCCGGAGCCUCAGCCCAUUACUCUUCUGCUACACUGAUAAAGAGCAGCCUGCUAUGUGCACUAUGAGAAUUGGGAAGGGAAUCCACCCAGAAGGAGUUCCAGGUUGGUGCCAGGGCUUUUCCCUGGAUGGAGGCAGUGGAGUCAGAGCUGUGAAGGUCAUACAGCACGGAAACAGGCCUGGCCUCAUCUACAACAUAGGUAUCAGUGUAAAGAAAGGUAAAGGACGCUACAGAGACACUCACAUGGUGACCUUUGCUCCACGCUACCUGCUGGACAAUCGCUCUUCACACAAACUGGCCUUCGCUCAGAGGGAGUUUGCAAAAGGAAAGGGUACGGCCAACCCAGAGGGCUACAUCUCCACCCUGCCUGGCUCCAGCGUUGUUUUCCACUGGCCUCGUAACGACUACGACCAGCUGCUGUGUGUGCGUCUCAUGGACACUCCCAACUGCACGUGGUCAGGAGGCUUCGAGGUCAACAAACCAAAGUCUUUUCAUAUUAACAUGAGGGACACUCUGGGGAACUGUUUCUUCCUGCGAACAGAGGUCACUCUAAAGGGAGCCACCUAUCAGAUCUCCUUCACUGACACUGACCAGCUGCCCCCACCCUUCCGCAUUGACAACGUGUCUGAGGUUCCAAUCCAGUUCUGGCAGCACGGUGUAGUCGACAUCCGGCUACACACUGAAGUGAAGGCCGGUUCAGUGCUGGACUACGCCUGUGACGAGCCCACACUUCCUCCAUACCUCACUCUUAUUGUGAAGGGAGCAGGAUCGUCUGAGGUCACAGCCGACAUGAACUACUUCAGAGAAUACAACAAACUUUACUACGAGAACUUCAUCUAUAUCGCAGCGUCGCACACUUUCAGGCAGAAUGCUGAGAAAAGGCAUGGUGGGAACAAGCGUCUGGUGAGCUGUGCUGAGCUUGUCUUGGAUGUAGACACGAAGACUCAAAGGGUUAUCCUAAAAAAGAAGGAGCCUGGGAAACGCUCCCAGCUGUGGCGGAUGACUGGGUCUGGAAUGUUGUGUCACGAAGGAUCGUCUCCACCUCAGAGUAAACCGGCUCAACCACGUCCACUGGAUUCAUCUUUGGUGCUGGACAUCGCUGGACUCGCAGCUGUCACUGACAACAGUUAUGAGCCUUUAAUGUUAAGGAGACCAGAUUCCCGCCGCAGCACCACCCAGACCUGGUAUUUCAGCUCAGGAAUGCUGACAUGUGGUCUUCCAAGGCUGGUCGUUCAGGUAAAGGAUGGCGUGUCAGGCCUGUACGAUGGAGCAGAGGUGGUGCUCGGACCAGACUCUGGGCCCCUAAACCCAGACCCUGAACAACAGUUCAUCAACCAGAAGAUGAGACCUGGUUCUGGAGUUCUGUCCGUUCAGGUUCUGCCCGAUGGACCCACUCGUGUCCUGCAGAUCAGUGACUUCAACCAGAGGAGAAUGAACCGGAACUCACCAAGUGCAGAACAGGACCAAAGCAAAGAAAAUCCUAAGAAGAAAGAAACUGAGCAAGAACUGGAGGUGUUGGUAAAUUUGGAUGAAGGUCUGGGUGUGUCUUUGGUCAGUAAAGUUCCAGAGGACCUGGUGUUUGCUACACUGACUGGUAUAGAUGUUCACUUCACGCGCACAGCUCUCAGUGAGGUGCUGGAGCUGAGCAUUCAGAACAUUCAGGUGGACAACCAGCUGCUAGGAACCACACAGCCUGUCAUGUUGUGUGUCACUCCAGGUUCUAGUGAGGGUACCACCUGUGAGAGUGGCCCAGCCCUGCAGAUCAAUUCCGUCAAAGUUCCCAGCAAACUGAUGCUCACUGAUCUUUUCAAACACCUGAUGGUAACAGCCAGGCGUUUCACUGUCAUCAUUGAGGAGACACUGCUGCUCAAACUCCUCAGUUUCUUUGGAUACGGACAGAUAGAAGCUGAGCUGGAGAGGUUUGAUGACCUCCAUGAGAAGCCCAGUGAAGAUGCAGGAACUCUGAAGCGUUACUACUUUGAGAACCUUAAGAUCAGUCUCCCCCAGAUCAAACUAAGUGUCUUCACGUCUCACAAGCUGCCUCCGGAUCUAAAGGCUUUGAAAGGAACUCUGGGAAUUCCUCUGGUCCGUUUUGAAGAUGCGGUCAUCAACAUGUACCCGUUCACUAGAGUGCACCCCUAUGAGACCCAGGAGAUCAUCAUCAAUGACAUCCUCAAGCACUUCAGAGAGGAGUUGAUCAGUCAGGCUGCUCAGAUUUUGGGUUCUGUGGACUUCCUUGGGAACCCCAUGGGCCUUCUCAAUGAUGUCACUGAGGGAGUGUCAGAGCUCAUCAAGUACGGAAACGUUGGCGGUCUGAUACGCAACGUGACCCAUGGAGUGUCCAACUCAGCUGCCAAGUUUGCCGGGACUUUAUCAGAUAGUUUAGGAAAGACCAUGGACAACCGACACCAGAAUGAGCGAGAGUACAUCAGAUAUCAUGGAGCCACCAGUGGAGAACAUCUGGUGGCAGGGAUUCAUGGACUGGCUCAUGGUAUCAUUGGUGGCAUGACCAGCAUCAUCACCUCCACAGUGGAGGGGGUGAAGACAGAGGGGGGAGUCAGUGGCUUUUUCUCAGGUCUGGGAAAAGGUCUGGUGGGAACUGUGACCAAACCAGUGGCAGGAGCUCUGGACUUUGCAUCAGAGACGGCGCAGACUGUGAGGGACAUGGCCAGUCUCAGUAACCACAGGCUUGGUGUGCAGCGGGUCAGAAAGCCUCGCUGCUGUAAAGGACCUCAAGGUCUGCUGCCAAGAUAUUCUACAACACAAGCUGAUGGUCAGGAGCAGCUUUUCCGUCUGACUGACAACAUCCACUCUGAGUUCUUCAUCGCUGUGGAGCCCAUCGACACCUACUGUGUCCUCAUCUCCUCCAAAGUGGUCUACUUCCUGAAACCAGGCGACUAUGUGGAUCGAGAUGCCAUUUUCCUGGAGGUCAAAUACGAUGACUUGUACCACUGUCUGGUCUCUAAGGAUCAUGGGAAAGUGUAUGUGCAGCUCACGAAGAAGGCUGAGAGCACCAGCAGUGGAGUGGCAAUUCCUGGUCCCUCGCACCAGAAACCCAUGGUCCACGUGAAGAGUGAGAAUCUCGCCAUCAAAAUCUCUCAAGAAAUCAACUAUGCCAAGAGUCUGUACUACGAGCAGCAGCUGAUGCUGCCUGUCUCUGAGAACGAGGACUCUCUACUCCUGGACUCCCUGAUUAUGUGAAGGUCUGGAGGAUUACUGACUUUUCUGCUUUUAUUUAUUUUGUAGGAUCAGAAUUUUUAAAAGUGGACAAUAGCGUGCACCUUCAUGUUGUUAUGAACUGCUACAUACCUGUACAGACUUGUACAUGGAGGAACACUUCUGACUGACAGGUAGUGUUGGUUUGACUGCGUGUGUGUAUAAAGGAAGAAAAAAGGAAGGAACGAGCAACAUAAAGUUCCUCUGCUGACUGCAGCAGGUCGUCACACAGGUUUGUGAAUAAAUAGAAUAAUGUACAUAGAAUCACACAGAAAAACACUAUAUAUCAGUGUACAUACUGUAAUAAUAAUGAAGUAUGUAGUAUAAGAACAGAAGCUAUAAUGUGAAAUGUAACUGACUGCCUUUAUAACUCUAUUUUGUGUAUAGGAUAAUGGGGUGGGGGGGUGGGGGUGAAAUGCACUGACACAUACACACACAGAGGGGUGGAACCUGCAGCUCACUGCCUCAAAUACCGUACUCUGGAGUUGUCCAAUAGUUGUCUCCGUCUCUGCCUUCACACCAUCGUAGUCCAAGUGUCUCCACGUUUUAGUCUAGCAGCCUUUUUUAAUCAGCUUUCUGUGUCUUUGGUCAGCCUUAGUAAUGCUUUUGGUUAAGUAUCAGAAUCAUGGGAUUUGUUUUUUCUAGAUUACCUAAAAAAAAAUUGUGUACUUGAAGGCAGCAGGAGUCAAUUAGAGGACAGGUCUUUGAAUCGGCCAUUCUGUAAUAAUAACAGUCACACGGACAAAAUAAUGCUUUAAAUAAAACCAACACGACUGCAGCACACACUGUGUGAACAUUCAUUCAUCUGCUGCUGCUGCUGCUGCUGCUGCUGCUGCUUAAUCUUUUCCUGGGUCGCAGUCAUCAGGCAAGGGCGGUGUAAUCCCUAGUUAGUCCACCAGUCUUUAACAGGGCCAAAAAGACCUGAGAUUAACCUAAGUAGGUAUGUUUUAUACUGAUAAAACCAGAGUAAGAACAUACAAACUACAUCCAGAGAGACGAUCAGUAACUACUUCUGUAAGGCAGUGACCUUGAGAACAUCUGAAAAAACACUAAUCAUGUAUUAAUUUUUAUUGACCAUCAUAAUACUUGUAACAAAAGCUGAGUGUUUUACACAAAUACACAUCACAGAUAAAAAUUACUCCAGUAAGAAAAUAUUGGUACUGCAGUUAAAAUUAAUUUUAAAAGAAUAAUAUCAGUCGAAUUAAGAUGCAUGUUGUACAGCAUAAACUGAAUUUUACCUUUGUAAUUGUAAUUCUGCCUCUGGAUUAUUUUUAAUUUAUGUAACAGCAGUAAAUCUCUUCCCUACAACACAUCAUAUGAUAAUUCGAUUUCAGAUUACACACUGAUUAAACAAAGAGUAUAAACAUGGUUAUAAAAUAAUUUUUUUGAGGGGGAUUUAAACAUGGAGGAAGAAGAGAAAAUAAUGUAUAACAGUAGUUGUGAGCUAUGGUGUGACAUAAGAAGAGCUAAAGAAAUUGUAAAGCUCCUACUGUACCUUUGAUAGUCUUUGAUAGAAAUUCUUGAAAGUUCUAGAAGCCAUAUGGAGGUUUCCACUGUGUUUCCACUAAUGACGGAGCCGAAGGGAAAAUUUCCUCAAAGCUGUAAAGCUCAGUAUCAGCAGCAGAGUCAUGGAUCAUGACAGCUCACAGAUGAUGUUCAGCAGCGUCAGUAGCAGGAAGGUUGGUGGGAGGGAACACCGACUGAUCGCCACAUCUGUAGCUGCAAAAAAGCAAACAAACACAUUUUGAUCACAAAUGACACGCCCCGUAACACACAGUGAGGAAAUAAAUUAAAAAAAAAAGAAAAAA